GCAUCACCGAGGCCUAACUGAGAUGCAUCCUACCGCACCACCCGCGUCCUUCGCGUUUUUGCGCGGCAGCACUCAGCCUGAGGUUGCUUUUCUCGAAGAACAGCGGCGCUUUGGCGAGUACAAUAGCGACGUGCUUGGCAGACAACAGGAAAGCACUCUGUACAACGGAAUGAACCUGAUCGACGCAGUGGAAAACAAUCCCCAAAAUAACGCGACAUUACCUCAUUUUCAACGCCCAGCUGUCCAACAAGAAUGGGUUAGGCGGGAAGGUCCGCUUCCAACAGAAAAUUUACGACAACCCGGAGGAGCCCAUCAAGGAAUGCUUUGUGAGCCGCAUCGGCACGGACCCGCCCAAGGUCUCACUGCAUUCGCCCAACAACCCGUCGCUGGCGUACAUCCGUACAUGAAGCCACGCGGCAUUCUUUACCCAAACGGGGGCUUGCCUGCUGCCGCGCAUGGGCGACACCUUUACUCCCCUGAGCAGGAAGCAGCUGAAGCUCAGAGGGCACCUGCAGUGCAAAAUGCGCAGGACGCGCCGCCAGUUUCUUCUCCCUUUCAUUACGAGGCCGACCCAAGAGUUGCACGAGGUGGCGCACCUGGUGAUGGUAUGUUCGAUCAACGACAGGAUCAGGCCGUCGACUGUGUAGGAGCUCACCAUGAAGGACAGGCGGAAGAGCCUCAGCAACAACACCGCAACGCUACCGGAACGAGGCAAUCACGGAAACGACCAACCUCGAAAUACCUGGGUAAACUGAUUGACUACGAUCACUCUUUGUGGGAACUCCAACAAAAGGGACAUGCUCAAAAUACCUGGGAAACCGCACCGUCCGCGCCGUCCGUUGCCGCGUCGCAAGCGUUCAUCGGAAUACAGGAAGCGGCACCGCUCGCUUUCAAUCCGGAGGCUUUCAACGCUUCUGCAGCUCCAAUCCCAACUCCCAUGGGAGAGGCUGCAGAUGCAGGAGCACAAAAGAUGGGGCAAAAAGAUGAGACCGAAGUAUUUUUACUAGACAGAAAUAUCAUGCCGCACAAGACUAAAGCAGCAGUCUAUGACGCAGGGGCGGACGAUGCAAUAGUUCAUGAGCAGGACCCGCAUACUGCGUCAGUUGGGAAGGCAAAAAAGUCGGUCCGCUUUGCCAGCGACACGAAACCAGACACGCAGUGUACACUGCCUCCUGUGCCUGUCCCCGCAAAGAGACCAGCGCAUGGGGCAGUGGCCGCGGCGAGGGCUGGCGCGGCGAGUGCUACGAUCCUGCACCACAGACAGGUGGAUAUUGCCGAAAGCGAGCCUGAUCCAAACAUGCCGGAAGAGAAAAAGAACUUGCUUGAUGUACAGGCUCGAGCAGACACAAUCGCGGGUCCACUACGCGACGGCGCGAAAACAACGGGAUCCGUUUCCGAGUCAGUAGCUGCGUGGGAAGACGCAGGCAGUGUUGCGACGAUCGGUCCGCCUCAAACGAUGUCGGAAACGCCUGAGGCAAAGUCUUCCUGCUGUAGCGGGUCUCAUAUCUGGCUGUGGGUGGUGCUAGCCGUCAUCUGCGCUACGGGAGCUUCACUGGGAAUCUACUACGGCGUGCUCUCUCUCUCAACCCCGACUCCAAGCGUCGCUGCCGCGAACGGCCACCAGGUGGGCUUCUUAACAACUCGCAGGGACCGGAACUCGACCCCUACGGAAGCCGCACGAACGGUGCAAAGUCCGGUGGACGAGACCUCACCUGUCGUGGCGUUAGGUCCGACCCUUCCACAUCCUCCGUCAUCGCCGCCCGUGUCGCCAAUAUUGCCAGCCUCCAACGGAAGCGCAGAAGGAGGAAGCGCUCCGCCUGCGGUCCGCGCGCCGAUUGUGGUCUCGACUCAGUCGACCGCUUCUCAAGCGCUGCCUUCAACUAUUACAGCGGUUCGUCGAGAGCCUCCAGUCACUACACAGCAGCACAGAGAGCAUGAGCAUUCAGGUGGUCCAGAUGUCGCUUUGCCUGUGCGUGCUGUGUUGAAAGGAGGUGCAGACGGCUCUGAAAGCGUUGUAGCUGAUGCGCAAGCACCGCCACUUCAGCAGACAAUUCUCAGGAAAACCGCGGAUGCAUCGACUCAGAAGUCGGCGCCGAAGAGUAGACGUGGGAGGGAGGCGCAAGGAGGACCAGCUGCAGACCAGCGAGGAGAUAGAGGAGUAGAACAUGCAACAGCACAACAACCACCAAGUGAACCUCAAGCUCAACUACAACAGCCGUCUUCAAAUAGCGUACAAGCACCAGCAAGACAGGACAGCCGUAGCGAACAAGAACAAUUUGAAGUUUUUCUUUUUGUCUGGAGCUGGAUGCCUCUUCCAGUUUCCUCUGCGCAGGACAUGG